ACUGUGCGUGUGUUGGUGCAGUUUUCUACGAUUGAUUCAUGAUUUCGGCAAAGAAUCGUAGCGGCCAAGAGUUUUGAGCUUGAAACCCAGUUGAUAUGAUGGACUCUUCUCAUUCCAAAACUCUAUUUCAAGGAUUGUACUUAUUUGAUUGAAAUUCAUGCGAUCAGUUUCGUUGAGAUCUUGCACCAGCUCGCUAUGGCAUCUACACGCCUUCGGUGCUUGAAGCAGCUGCGAUCACAUUAUAACGUUGCUUCUUAUUCUUCAGGGUCUGCCAGGUUCCGAAACUCGCACGGGACUCAAACUCGGAAAGCCGAUGACCAAGGGCCUAGAGAUUGGUUAGAUCGAACUUCAGGUCGUUCAUUGCCACGUAGGGUGCAAAGUGGACAUGAUACACAUGAGAAAAGAAAGAGUGUAUCGCCAACAAGUGGCGUAAAGAACGAGUAUAAUAAUUCUAAUUCGUAUGAGAGGGCCAAGUCUUGGAAUCCUGAGUACCAGGACCCUCCUGAUCGGUCCAGUUCGAAUUCAAGUCGUACAGUGCUGCACAGAACGCAAAGUGGACACAAUUCACGUGAGAGGACUACGUCUUCGUCAUUGAUUAUUGGUGACAAGCGCCAAAAGAACAGUACCACUUUGAGUGAAAGUGAAUCAGAGCCGGUGCCCUUUAUGACUGAAGAUUUUUGUGAUCACCGGGCCAUGCAGAUUGUGUUUUUAGGCACCUCAUCAUCCAUGCCUACCUUGAGUCGGAACACGUCCUCCAUAGCACUGCGCUUAGAUGGCACGAUAUACAUGUUUGAUUGUGGAGAAGGUGUGCAGCGACAAUUGCACCGUACCCCGUUUCGGCAUCGAACAAUCGACAAUAUUUUCAUCACCCACAUGCAUGGCGACCAUAUAUUCGGACUCCCAGGCCUUCUGUGCAUGAUAGGUAUGACAGCACCAUCAACCCGGGAGCCCAUUGAGAUUUUUGGUCCCCCAGGUUUAAGGCAAUGGAUUCGAACUACUUUAAAAUUGGCCCAUGCCCGUGUGCCCAUCAAGUAUACCGUUCACGAGCUUGUGCUACAAGAGGGGAAACGAAAGAGAAUCAAUAAUAAAUGGAAUGUAAAUGAUGAAAUGCACGAGGAUGAGCUACCUGGAAGAGAUAUCCUAUGCUCUCAGGAUGACGGCUUGUGGCGUGUGCACGAAGACAAAAAGUACGUGGUUGUUGCAGGCUUGCUUAAGCACUCCAUUCCUUGUUGGGGUUACGUUGUGGAGGAACAGCCUCGUACUGGCAGGUUUGAUGUACAUCGAGCAAAGGAGCUCGGGGUUCUACCAGGCCCCAUGUAUGCGAAGUUACAGGAAGGGCAUUCAGUCACACUUAAAGAUGGCAGUACGGUCAAUCCAUCUGACGUGCUUGGUCCUCCAAGGAAAGGCCGGAAAGCAGUGAUUCUUGGAGACACUAGUGACUCCCGGUCACUGCUUGUUGCUGCGAGAGGAGCUGAUGUGCUGGUUCAUGAGGCGACCGUUAUUGAGCAAGAGUCGGACCUUGCUGCUCACCGCGGCCAUUCCACAGCAUCUAUGGCAGGAAAAUUUGCUCGAAUGAUCGAUGCAAAGUCUCUUGUGCUAACUCAUUUUAGCGGCAAGUUGGAAGGUUCCUUAUAUGGUACCUCGGACAAGGGAACAAUCCAAGAUUUAGUAUGGGCGGCCAAACGAACAUUUGGGAAGCAGUCAGUAAUGGCUGCCUAUGACUUCGCAGCGGUCACUGUAGUCCAUAACCAAGACCAGCCUGUGUCUAGUUCAUGAUUGUUGUAGACUGUUCUUAGGCUUCACAAUUCCCAACAAGAGUUACCUCUGAAAUUCCUAGAAGAAUAGCUUGUUUUAGGCUGACUUCAUUCUUUGUAUCGACCACCUCGUGUGGAUUCAACUAUGUGAAGGCAUUUGCAAAACGUGGAAUCAUUUUUUAUUCUAUUUUUUUGUCAAGCAGAAAUAAUAACCGAAAGUGGCAUCAUACUCCGCCGCCGCUGUGAGAUGCAUCGUAACGGUUGCUGAAAUCUGUAUGCAUAGAUUUCUGGGGUAGCAAGGUGCUUCACAAGAAUGGAUGAAAGGAGCAUUUUCCAACAACCAACGACCUGCAGUCCUUGGUGAGUACCUUGUAGUAGGUCUUGUAAAUGUCUUGUGCUAGGUUUCGCCAGUUUUACUGAUCUCAUCUCCCUCUGCCAAGUACUUAAGCUUGUGAAGUCAUUUUAAUUAUUUUCAGCUUUAAGGGAAGCCCACCAGGGAUAGCAUGCAUUUUUUGAAUGCAAAGUUAGUUGGGGUAGUCUUGUCACAUUUCGUUUCGCCUGUAGUCACUCAUGGUGAAGUUCAGUUAAAUUCAGUUUGCACAGUUUUAUAUGCAUCUAAUGUGGCUCACAGUACUCUUAAAGAAUACUUGAGCCAUAGAACCAGCUGCAGCAUUAGUGUUGUGAAGGCCAUUCCAGUGAAUGUAAGAUCCUGGAUUUGAGCAAGCUUUUUAAUGGACCAAUUGCCCGUUCACAAUUUCA